UUCAAAUAAAAAUUAAGAACAACCAAACCCUAGAAGAUACAAAACACAAAUUGGUGAUACCAGAGUUAAACAAACAUCAAUUCAUCUUAAUAACAACUCAUCGAUACACAUUCAUCUUCGAAUUUGAACAAAAAGGUUUUGUGUAAAAUCCAUUCCAUUCACAAGAAUUAAAAAUACAAUGAGGUUCAAAAAAGGUAGCAAAAUGGAGGUUAUGAACAAUGUUAGUUACUAUGAUUAUGAAGGUGGUGUGGAAAAGGUAUCUAGGAGAUUCAUCAAGCCUUUUGUAAGAAAGAAGAUUGGUUCAAAGAUCUGUCAGGAAGAAGAAGAAGAUGCAUCUAGGAAACAAAAGAGAGCUUCCCCUUUUUGCUCAUCUGUUCAUGAAUCAAGUCAAAAAGUCAAACCUGGGAGUCAAAGAAGAUAUGUUUCAUGCGAUUCUUAUAAAAAGAGUUACAAAAUUGGAGGCAUGCAUCUUUUGCUUCCAAAGAUCCAAACAAGAUUCUGAUUCUGCUGCCUUUCUGUUGGAAAAAAGUUUUGCAGGAUCCAUUUGCAUUUGCUACUUCAGAUAAGAUAUAGUUUUUGUAUCUUAGUGUUCUUGUUAAAAACAAGAAUGUCUUCAGAUUGCUCUUUGAUUAUCCAAAAUGUUUCCUUUUUGGUCCUCUUGUUACCAUUUUUAUUGGUGUUUCUUUCCCUUUAAAGAAGUCAACAUUUCCUGUUUAUUAACUAUCAACAAUUCAAUGUUAUAUGCAUGUAUAUUAACUCCAAUGCAGGUUUAUUGUGAGAAGAAUCCUCAAAAGGAACUGUAAGUAUUAAAGAUUCUUUUUUUUUUCAUAGAUCUUUGUUAGUAACAAUGUAAGAGAAUGAUUGUUUAAUAGCUGUUGAUUGAGUCAAAGAUCUGAUUGAGUCAAUGUCUGACUCCUGAAUUUGAAUCUGACCGAGUAAGAGGCAUAUCUGAGGAGCCAGGUUCUAAGUAUGGUAUCAAACAGUCUGAAUCUGACCCAGUCUCGGUCUGAGUAAGAGGAAUAGAAACACAACAAAUACAUUAUUUGGAUACUUGUGGGCCAUGAAUCAUCAAAUUGUGGGAGGUGAUAGGUUAUUAAUGGUAACUUUUGAUUACCAAAUGUUGAUGAUGAUAAGGGAUGUUGUGUGUUUCGAGAUGAUGAUGAAACAAACGUGUAUUCCAAGGUAGUUUGAAUGAUGGAACAACAUUUGUUUAUAAGAUGAUUGUGGGAAAAGGAACACUUUCUGUUAUAGGAUGACAAGUGUGUUCUAAGUUGGGGAGGAUACAUAUGUAUACAAGCCAUUAAUUAUA